AUGUCAACCUUGACAAGCAAAGACAUACACACAGUUUCUCAAUAUUUAAAAACACCAAAAGACUUUAUUAAUAUAAUGUGUGUUUGCAAAAACUUCCGUCAAACUUGUUUAACAUUCAAAUACAAUCCAAUUCCUCUUGAUAAAUUAACAUUCCAAAUAUUUUCGAAUAUCGAAACCCUAAAUUUUUGGAAUGAAAAGGAUUUUUCGAAAUUUUUAUUACAAAAAGAAAAACCAAUGUUGUUUAAAAAUUUUAACCUUCUUUUUAAAACGUCAUACAUCAGAUUCGUUUUAGAAAACAACAACUUUGUUACUCAUCCUACAGUGACAUAUUCAAAAAAGGAUCGAGAGAAGUAUGGACUCAUUAUUCCACAAGUUGUUAAAUCACUCAGUCAUAAUUGCUUUAAAGAUACAAACGUAACUAAAGUUGUUUUGCCUCAACGUAUUGAACGACUUGGCGAUUUUUGUUUUUUCAAUUGUCAAAUUCUAAGCGAAAUUGUCUUCAACGAAAAAUUGACUUCGAUUGGCAAUUCGUGUUUUUCCAACGCACAAAUAUUGGAAAACGCACAUUUGCCAACAACGAUAAAAUUUGUUGGAGAACGGUGUUUUGAAAAUUGUUAUUCAUUGAAGAGAGCAUGGGUACCCCCUCAUGUUUUUGCACUUAAAAAUCACUUCUUUUUUGGGUGUGUAAAAUUGACCAAAUUGGUACUCCCCAAAAGUGUUUCUGUGUUUGGAGAAAGUUGUUUUGAGAAGUGUGUAAGUCUCCAAAGAAUAGUAAUUCCACCAAAGAUCAAAACAAUACCAAAAAAUUGUUUUAAAAAUUGCACGUCACUUACCUUCGUAUAUAUACCACAAAAAGUUUUGUCAAUAGAAGAAAAUGCAUUUAAGGAUUGUGUACAUUUAAAAGUUGUUGUAAUUGACGCUGAAAACUUGAAAAUAGCAACAAGUGGUUUUGAAGGGUGUGAAAAGGCUGAUUACUAUGUUGAAGAAAACGAAUGUCAAACAAUGAUAGAACUCGAAAAUCUCAACUUUACAAUUUUUUCCAAUUUUAAAGAUAUAAAAAUCCAACUUAUUCAAAAAAUUGAAAAAUGCCGAAUUUUUUCCGACUUUCAAAGCAAACAUGAAAAAAUCGAAAAAAUUGAAAAUUUACAAAAUUUACAAAAUUUGGAAAAUUUGGAAAAGUCGAAAUUUGACGAUUUAUUUGAAAUUGAACGAAGCGAUAGAAAUAUAGAAAGUCCUUCAUUGAUUGAAGAAGACAUCGAUGAUAAUGCAAUGGAACUUUUUUCAAAACUUGUAACACCACCAAAUACGAAAACUAAAAAUCAAAGAAUACAAAGAUCUUAUCAAACAACACAAAAAACUACAAAUCAACAAGUUGAUAACUUUGUAAAUUAUAACUCUUUAACUGCACAACUCUUAAUAAACUUUAAAAGGUCUACCGAAUUGAAAAAAGAUGAGAAAGUCAUAUUAGAAAGUCAAGAACAAAAAUCAGAUGAUUUAAGAGUUAAAGAAAUUAAAAAUGUGUUUCAAAAUGAUAAUAAUGGAAGCAAAGUUGAACAACCCAAUUUAUUGGAAAGAUUAAAUUUAAUAGAAAGUGGACAACAAAAAGAUUUAUUAAAUGCAUCCAAAGACAAAACUCGAGAUAGUUCCAGUAAAAAUAUAUUAGUUGAUAAAAUUUUAGCAUUAAAAAUUAACCAAUGGUAUGCAAAUCAAACAAAAAUACAAAGCAAAGAUAAUACAAUUCAUAACACACAAAUUAUUAACGUCGAUGAAAAUUGUUGUGUCCAACACCAAAAUGGAUUUGAAACUAAACAAUUAGACUUUCAAAAUCAAGUAGAUUCGGUCGACUGUUCUGAGAAAAACUCUUAUAACGAAAAGGAUAAACAAGUUGAAUACAAAGAAAUAGAAAAUACAAAUGAACAAAAAAAAUUGAGACAAAAAGAAAUUGAAAUACAAAAACUAAAUGAAGUUCCCAUUAAAGUUCCUUCUCGGAGAAUUGUUCGUAGUGACUCAUUUCAACAACGUUCACAAAUAUUGGAAGAUUCAAAAGAUGAUAAAGACUGUAUUUGCAUUAGUAAAUACAACAAUAACAAGAGUUUAGUAUCACCUUUUCUUUCGCCGUCAGUGGAAAAAACGACACACCCUGUUAUACAAAGUUGUUCAAAGAAGAAUCAGUUCACACGUAAAACUCUUGCCGAUAUAAAAAAUGAGUUAUGGAAAAGUGUAGACAGCCAAAUUAUGGACAAACUUUCUUUGCAAAACAAAUUUGGAAAAAGAGCAUUUUACAACGAUUUGUCGAUUAGUAGUGUCAUAUUAAGAAAGUGCGUUGCUGAGAUUGGAGAGUACUGUUUUGGGUGUUGCAGCAACUUAACACGUGUUAAAAUUACGGCGUUGAUUACUAAACUUCCACCGUAUACUUUUUAUAUGUGUUUUUUGUUGAAUAAAAUUUUAAUGCCAAAAUCACUCACAAACAUCGAAGAGUUCUGUUUUGCAAAGUGCUUUUCACUUUUUAGUGUUGAACUUCCAAAACAUUUAAAUACACUUGGAAAAGGAUGUUUUUCUGAUUGCAUAAAUCUGAAAAGUGUGAAUAUACCAGAAACUGUAAAUGUUAUAGAAGUGUCUACAUUCGAUGGAUGUGAAACUUUGAGUAUUGUGACAUUGCCUCUUAAUAUCGUAGAAAUUCCAAAUAAAUGUUUUAAAAAUUGUUAUUCAUUAAAAGAAAUUAACUUGAGUCAUGUGAAAGUGAUCCAAAAGAAAUGUUUCGAAAAUUGUUAUUCUAUACAAAACUUAAAUCUAGAAAAUUGCGAAUUUAUUGGUGAAAAGGCUUUUAGUAAUUGUAAAGAACUUGUUUUGAUUCUUGACAACAAGAAACAUACUAUUGGUGAUUAUUGCUUUGAAAAUUGUAAAAAAAUCACCAUUUUAAACACAAUUUUACAGUCAAACGACGACAAAACGUGUCAAGAAAAAAGUGAUAUUAGAAAAGAAGAAAAAAUUAUAAUAAAACAUAAUAAGUUUGAUGAUGAAGAACUUUUACUAUAA